AUGAGUGCAGGAGCUGGCGAGGGCGCGUACAGUUUCUCACUGACGACCUUCUCGCCGAGCGGCAAGCUCGUGCAGAUCGAGCAUGCUCUAGCUGCCGUGGGGCAGGGUACGACGAGUCUUGGAAUCAAGGCGUCGAACGCCGUCGUCAUUGCGACUGAAAAACGACCACCUUCGCCGUUGGUGGAUGACAGUGCUCUGGAAAAGGUGGCACUGGUGUGCCCCAACAUUGGCAUUGUAUAUUCAGGUAUGGGUCCUGAUUUUCGUAUUCUCCUCGCACGUGCACGGAAGAUCGCACAGUCGUACUGGAAGAUUUAUGGUGAAUACCCCACAACCAAGGUGCUGGUGCAGGAGAUUGCGACGGUCAUGCAGGAUGCGACGCAGAGCGGUGGUGUGCGUCCAUUUGGUGUGUCGCUCCUUAUAGCUGGCUUUGAUGCCGUGCGUGGUCCGUCGCUGUAUCAAGUUGACCCCAGUGGCUCCUACUUUAUGUGGAAGGCGAGUGCUAUGGGCAAGAAUAUGACCAAUGCCAAAACGUUUUUGGAGAAGCGGUAUAGCGACGACAUUUCGCUCGAGGACGCCAUUCACACGGCUAUCCUCACGCUCAAGGAAGGGUUCGAGGGUCAAAUGACAGAAAAGACCAUCGAGAUCGGCAUCGUGGGCCAUGCGACCAAGUCGAUCGUCGGCGAGGGCAAAGAGCCCAUACCUGUCUUUCGCCGCUUGACAGAGCAAGAAGUCAAGGACUACUUGGCGCUCUAA